AUGUAUUUCUGUGAUUUUACACAUAACCUUCGUGUUUACUUUUCAUUGUUGACCCCAGGUUACUCACGACCUAAACGUGUAUCACUUGCACUCGAGUGUCUCGAUACGUUUCCGAGUAAAGUUGUCGAAUUAAAUGAAAUCAUUGAAGAAUAUAUGCCGGAAUCGGCAAAGAAUAAUAGCAACAAUGCGAAUAUAACUCAUCCCAAAGCAAGAUCGGCAUCAACAUUGUCAAGUACCAAAGAUUUUACCGCUUAUUAUUCUUUAUUUAUGUGCAAUAAAAAUCGCACGAAGCAUGGAAUUCAUAAAAGACGAUAUCGAAGAAUAUACGGUGGUAAUAGCACGAACAUACGUCGAUAUCCUGGAGCCCUUGGCAGAUUAUUGGCAUUUAUUAUUAGUCGAUUAGCUUCCUGUGCCAAACAAAUCUUAUUCACGCCGUCUUAUUUCAUAAUCGACAAUGUCAUACCUAUGUUCUUUAAAAAAUCAGGGUUUAAAAGCAUACAAUGUGGACCAUCUUCCAACUGGAACUCGUCCGUAUUAGAGUACACGACUAACAACGAAAACGAUAACACGAUCGUUGGUAAUUUGAUCAGCAUCAUGCGACCAUCUGCUGUACAAUUAAUCACAGAUAUCACGAUAAUUAAACGUUGGCUACAGGCCCUUGGCCUAAUCAAAACUUCGCUCGAAUCGAUUGAAUUGACUAAUGCAACUCGUACCACCGAAACAAUCGAUUGUUGGUCUUACGAGUUAUACUUUCAUCUAAAAAAUCUUCAAGUUAAAAUUCUACAAAAAAAAGAAUCAAAAGAUUGCAACGAUGUGACACACUUGAACUUGUGGCAUCGCAUGGUCCAACUUCGUAAUAAUUAUAUUAUCCUUUACGAGACGUUGAAUAAUAAUGACAAAAUCUUGAAUCUCAAAAAUAAAAAGAAAAAGGAAAAGAAAAAAAAUUAUGCUCGAGCUUUAUCCCAAGCUUCUUCAAUUUCGGCAAACAAGUAUCGGCAACAUUAUUACAAACAUUAUCACGAAGAUUAUCGUCACUCGCAUCAUCAUUCAAAAUCAUAUGAAUACAUCAAAGACGGAAGCCGAUCUUCUCAAAUGCGAAGAAUUCUCUAA